AUGGCUGCUGGGCAGUGGAAAACAGAAGAUGUUUCAAAUACCAAAGACACAUUGGAAUAUUAUACGGACCUUGCCAAAUUAGCAGAGAAGGGCAAAGUUAGCGCUAUCUUUUUUGCGGAUUGGUAUGGUGGGUUCGAGAUAUACGGCGGUAGUAUGGAUGCUAUGCUACAAGCAGGACACCAGGUCGCCCAUCUCGACCCAUUGCCCAUGGUUUCAGCAAUGGCUGCAGUGACAAAGUCGGUAUCUUUUGCUGUCACGAUGAGCACCAGCUACGAGAAUCAAUACGUGAUAGCUCGCCUAUACAGUACUCUGGAUCACCUAACGAAGGGGCGAUGUGCAUGGAAUAUCGUCACGAGCUGGUCAAAGUGCGCAGCGAAUGCAUUGGGACAAGAGGGUGUGAUACCCCAUGACGAGCGAUAUGACAUGGCGGACGAAUUUAUGGACGUGACCUACAAACUCUGGGAAUCAUCCUGGGCCCCUGACUCCGCCGUCUGGAACAAAUCAACCAGCGUCGCCUACGACGCUUCCAAGCCUGGCGCCGCAUUCGCUGUGAAGCACGCCGAAGCUCUCUUCCUCAACACUUUCACCGUAGCGCAGGCGAAGAGAGUCAUCGCAGACGCGCGUGCCGCAGCUGCCGCUCGGGGCUGUGACCCUAAAAGCAUCAAGUUCUUCCCUUGUAUCGUGCCCUUCAUUGGACGAACGGAGGAAGAAGCAAAGGAAAAAUACGAAUAUGCGAAGAAGCACGCAGACCCCGUGGCCGGUCUGGCCCAGUUCUCGGGCUACACAGGUAUUGAUAUGUCGCAGUACCCGCUGGAUGAGCUAAUCGAUCUAUCAAAAGCGAACCAGGCUAUGGCGAUCCAAUCUGUUUUCCGCGCGCUAGAAGCAUCGGAGUCGGCGUCGGGCCUAUGGACGUCACGAAGACUGGGGAUCAAGAUGGCACUUGGGGGCUUGCAUCCAAAUCCUGAAUGGGCAAUCGAAGGGGACUGUGAUGGGUUCAACAUCGCGAGUGUGACCAACCCGGGGAGCUGGCAGGAUACGGUCGAUUUGCUGAUACCUGAAUUACAGAAGCGAGGUAUGUAUUGGGAUGAUUACGAGGUGCCUGGCGGCACGUUUAGAGAGAAUCUGUAUGGCGCUGGACGGAAGGGGCUGAGAGACGAUCAUUAUAGGAGUGCUUUCAAGUGGGGAAAGGAGACCCUAGAGCCGGAAGUGAAAGAAGAGGAGAAAGUGGUGGGAGAAAGACGCUCAGAAUCAUACCUCGAAUAUACAAGUCUACUAAAAGUCGGCGUCAAGAGGACUUCAAGAGGCGUUUAA